AUGGUAAUUAAAAUUAAUAAACUUAUCAAUUUCGGUUAUAUUUCAAUUCAUUCUCCCUCUAUCCCUCCUCCUUCUUUUAUUAAAUCAAUUACUUCUUCUAAAACUAAUCACUUUUCAUCAAUAAAUGAAAUUAUUAAUUCUUGUGACUCAAUUCAUCUACCUCAAUGCAAAGUGUUAUACGAUAAUGAAAUAGAUUGCUUGGACUCUUUCUCUUUAUUCUCUAAAAUUCGUGGAAGAAAAAAUGUUCACAUAAUUGUUAAAACCUUAAAUGGUCAUUUAUUUGGUUCCUUCCAUUCAUCUAUCCCAUUUAACAUUAAACAUGGUAUUAUUCAAACAGAUUGCACUAUUUUCAAACUAUCAAAACCUCCUUUCCUUCUAUUUCCAAACAAACAACCAACUUCAAUCCAAUUCAAUUUUGAAGAUAAAACAACAAUAUAUACUAUAGUUGAUGCUUUUUCAAUUAGAAAAGAAACUGGUCUUGUUUAUCCUACAAUUAAACAUAAUUAUCAUUCCUCUUCUUCUCUAAUCCAAAUUAAUCCAUCAGUACUAGCCGAAGAUCGUACUUUUUCAGUUCAAAGAAUUAUAGCAUUUGAAACUGAAGCAGAUAAUAUUCUUAUUAACUCGUUACUCUAUUUUUUGGUUUAUAUGAAAAAAUAA